AUGCAUCUACAUCAGGUCCUCACCGGAGCUGUCAACCCUGGAGACAACUGCUAUUCCGUGGGCAGCGUCGAAGAUGUCCCCUUCACGGCAUAUGGAUCGGGCUGUGAUAUUGUUAUUUUGGCAAAUGACUUUGAAUGUGUGCAGAUCAUUCCUGGUGCUAAGCAUGGAAACAUCCAAGUCAGCUGUGUGGAGUGUUCUAACCAACAUGGAAGAGUUGCAGCUUCAUAUGGUAAUGCUGUUUGUAUUUUUGAGCCCUUGGGCAUAAAUUCUCAUAAGAGAAAUUGUCAACUCAAGUGUCAGUGGCUUAAAACUGGGCAGUUUUUUUUGAGUUCCGUGACAUACAAUUUAGCAUGGGACCCUCAAGAUAACAGAUUGUUGACAGCAACUGAUUCUAUUCAGUUGUGGGCUCCUCCAGGGGGUGACAUUCUGGAAGAGGAGGAAGAAAUCGAUAAUAAAAUUCCUCCUGUUUUAAAUGAUUGGAAGUGCAUCUGGCAGUGCAAAACCUCAGUAUCUGUACAUUUGAUGGAGUGGUCCCCUGAUGGUGAAUAUUUUGCUACUGCUGGAAAGGAUGAUUGUCUUUUGAAAGUGUGGUACCCUAUGACUGGUUGGAAGUCUUCAAUUAUACCUCCGGAUCAUCAUGAAGUGGAAAGGAGACAGGCGUCUACCCAGUUUUCCUUUGUCUAUUUGGCACAUCCGCGAGCUGUGACAGGUUUUUCAUGGCGUAAAACUAGCAAAUAUAUGCCCAGAGGUUCUGUCUGUAAUGUGUUAUUAACUUCAUGCCAUGAUGGUGUCUGCCGGCUGUGGGCAGAAACCGUAUUACCAGAAGACUGUCUUUUGGGUGAGCAGAUUUGCGAGACUACCACUUCCAGCACUGCCAGCAACCUUACUCAUGCUGGAAGACACAAAGACAGAGUACAACAUGCUCUUGAGACAAUACACCAUUUGAAAAAUUUAAGGAAAGGACAAAGGAAGUCUUCCAUUCUUGUAACGCACACUGAAUUAAUGCAUGACCAGAUGGCAACGCAUGAAGUUCAAAGACACAUUUCCCAUCACGCAAAUGCACUGUGUCAUUUUCACAUUGCAGCGAGCAUCAAUCCCGUCACAGAUAUUCCAAAUGUCUUGGUUGGCACUGUAUUUAACAUUGAUGAUGGGAAUGGGGGCUUUGUAGUUCAUUGGUUAAACAACAAAGAAUUUCAUUUUACAUCAUCUACUGAAAUAUUUAUGCAGCAAUUACGAAAACUUUCUGAAAAGCAGGUGGAUCAUGAAAAUGACAAAGGAGAUAGAGAAGAUGAAUGUUCACAGGAGGAAAGAGAGAGGGGUUUACGUAUGAAACUAGACCAUGAAUUAUCCCUGGAUAGAGAAUCUGAAGCAGGUACAGGAUCAUCAGAACAUGAAGAUGGAGAAAGAGAGGGAAGUCCUAGAACCUGUUCACGACCUAGUGUACCAAUGCCACUGCCUACAGUCCUGCUUGAUCGGAAGAUUGAAAUGCUGCUAACUGAAUGGAAUAAGAAUCCUGACAUGCUUUUUACUAUACACCCGGUAGAUGGUACCUUCCUAGUGUGGCAUGUAAAGUAUUUGGAUGAAUAUAAUCCUGGAAUAUUUAGACAAGUCCAGGUUUCUUUUUCUUCUCGGAUUCCUGUUGCAUUUCCAUCUGGUGAUGCAAGCUCUCUUAGUAAAAAUAUCAUGAUGUAUGCCUGUAUAAAUGCUGCAAAAGAUUCUCACCACACUUUGUUACACCAAGACAUGAUGGCUGAAUGCAGUCCUCAUGGAUCACAGCUGCAUUCUGGACCACACAGUACAAAUAUGAACAUUUUAGCUCCCACAGUAAUGAUGGUCUCUAAACACAUAGAUGGCUCUUUAAAUCAAUGGGCAGUCACUUUUGCUGAUAAGUCUGCCUUUACCACUGUUCUAACUGUAUCUCACAAAUUUAGAUAUUGUGGUCAUAGAUUUCACCUCAAUGACCUGGCAUGUCAUUCAGUUUUACCAUUAUUAUUGACAUCAUCUCAUCAUAAUGCUCUGCUGACUCCUGAAUCAGAUUUUCAGUGGGACUCAGACAAUAAAUUAAGUAGAUUAAUGGAUCCUGUAAGACACAUAAAGGGUUCCUCGAAACAACCUCUCAGAAAUGCAGCAACACGUACAUUUCACGACCCGAAUGCCAUCUACAGUGAACUUAUUCUGUGGCGCGUGGACCCAAUAGGACCUUUGUCAUACACCGGAGGAGUAUCGGAGUUGGCGCGAAUUAACUCUUUACAUACCUCAGCCUUCUCUAAUGUUGCUUGGCUUCCAACUCUUAUUCCUAGUUACUGUCUUGGCACAUAUUGCAAUUCUGCGAGUGCUUGCUUUGUUGCUUCUGAUGGCAAAAAUCUGAGACUCUACCAAGCUGUGGUAGAUGCAAGAAAAUUAUUGGAUGAACUGUCAGAUCCAGAAUCUUCAAAACUUAUUGGAGAAGUGUUUAAUAUUGUGAGCCAACAGUCUACUGCUCGACCUGGCUGCAUUAUUGAACUCAAUGCAAUAACCAACCAAUGUGGCUCAAAUACACAGUUGCUUCAUGUGUUUCAAGAAGACUUCAUUAGAGGAUAUAAACCACAUAAGGAAGAUAUGGAGAAAAAGGAAACAGAAAUAUUUUUUCAACCAUCACAAGGAUAUCGGCCACCACCAUUUUCAGAAAAGUUCUUUCUAGUAGUAAUUGAAAAGGACAGCAAUAAUUGCUCUGUUCUCCACAUGUGGCACCUUCAUCUUAAAUCUGUACAGGCAUGUUUAGGAAGAGACACAUUAGAUGAGUGUGGUUUGCGGUACUUACUAGCUAUGCGCUUGCACACUUGCCUUUUGACAUCGCUGCCUCCUUUAUACCGAGUACAACUGCUUCAUCAAGGUGUGUCUACUUGCCAUUUUGCCUGGGCUUUUCAUUCUGAGGCUGAGGAAGAGCUGAUUAAUAUGAUUCCGGCAAUUCAGAGAGGGGACCCUCAGUGGUCUGAGUUAAGAGCUAUGGGAAUAGGUUGGUGGGUCAGGAAUAUUAACACUCUUCGAAGAUGCAUUGAAAAGGUUGCCAAAGCUUCUUUUCAAAGGAACAAUGAUGCCUUGGAUGCUGCAUUAUUCUACCUUUCAAUGAAGAAGAAAGCAGUAGUGUGGGGUUUGUUUAGGUCACAGCAUGAUGAAAAAAUGACAACAUUUUUCAGCCACAACUUUAAUGAAGAUAGAUGGCGUAAAGCCGCUUUGAAAAACGCUUUUUCUUUACUUGGAAAACAACGCUUUGAACAAUCUGCUGCUUUUUUCUUGUUAGCUGGUUCAUUGAAAGAUGCCAUUGAGGUAUGUCUUGAAAAAAUGGAAGAUAUCCAGCUAGCCAUGGUAAUUGCCCGUUUAUAUGAAUCUGAUUUUGAGACUUCAUCCACUUACCUAUCCAUCCUAAAUCAGAAGAUUUUGGGUUGCCAAAAGGAUGUCUCAGGAUUCGAUUGCAAAAGAUUACAUCCUGAUCCUUUCUUACGUAGUCUUGCGUACUGGGUAAUGAAAGAUUAUGCCCGAGCCUUGGACACGUUAUUGGAACAAACACCAAAGGAGGAUGAUGAACAUCAAGUGAUUAUCAAAUCUUGUAACCCAGUGGUGUUUAGUUUCUACAACUACCUUCGAACUCAUCCUUUGCUUAUUCGAAGAAACCUUGCCUCCCCUGAAGGAACUUUGGCAACCUUAGGUCUCAAAACGGAGAAGAACUUUGUUGAUAAAAUUAAUCUCAUAGAAAGAAAAUUAUUCUUUACUACAGCAAAUGCUCAUUUUAAAGUUGGAUGUCCUGUUUUAGCCUUGGAGGUACUCUCCAAAAUUCCAAAAGUUACCAAAGUGUCUGCCUUACCUUCAGAAAAAGAUCAGCCUGACUUCAUUUCUAAAAAGACGGAUGAUGUACCUUCAGAAUCAAAAACUCUGAGUGAUGGUGAUAGAAGUUCUGGAAUUGAUUGGUCAAAUGUAACUUCAUCACAGAUUGACUGGAGUCAGCCAAUAGUAAAAGUUGAAGAGGAACCUCUUACUCUUGAUUGGGGUGAAGAGCACGAUGGUGCCUUAGAAGAAGAGGAAGAAGAUUCUGUCGGUUUAGUAAUGAAAAUUACAGAUGUCAGGGAAAAAGACAGACAAGAAGAUCAGGAAGCCCCAGACCCUAAUGUGUUAUUGACUCCUCAGGAAGAGGAUUGCCUUGAAGGUGAUUCUGAAGUUGAUGUGAUUGCUGAACAACUAAAAUUCAGAGCUUGUUUAAAGAUCCUUAUGACUGAACUAAGAACAUUGGCUACAGGUUAUGAAGUAGAUGGUGGAAAACUCAGAUUUCAACUCUAUAACUGGCUUGAAAAGGAAAUUGCUGCCUUGCAUGAGAUAUGUAAUCAUGAAUCAGUUAUUAAAGAAUAUGCCAGUAAAAUGUAUUCCACAGUAGAGAGUGAUAUUCUGGAUCAGGAAGAAAUCGUGGACAAACCAGAUAUUGGUUCCUAUGAGUGGCACCAAAUAGAAAGGCGGAGACUACAGGCUAAACGAGAGCAUGCAGAAAGACGGAAGUUGUGGUUGCAGAAGAACCAAGAUCUCCUCAGAGUGUUUCUUAGUUACUGUAGCCUUCAUGGGGCCCAAGGUGGUGGUCUGGCCUCAGUAAGGAUGGAACUCAAAUUUUUGCUACAAGAAUCACAGCAGGAAACUACAGUGAAGCAGCUCCAGUCUCCACUACCACUGCCUACCACCCUACCUCUGCUUUCAGCAAGUAUUGCUUCAACAAAAACAGUCAUAGCUAAUCCUGUAUUGUACUUAAAUAAUCACAUCCAUGAUAUACUUUAUACUAUUGUUCAGAUGAAAACACCACCUCAUCCCAGUAUUGAAGAUGUGAAGGUGCACACACUUCAUUCACUAGCAGCAUCACUUUCUGCAUCAAUUUACCAAGCAUUAUGUGACAGUCAUAGCUACAGUCAGACAGAAGGGAACCAGUUUACAGGAAUGGCUUAUCAAGGUCUUCUUUUAAGUGAUCGUCGAAGGCUAAGGACAGAAAGCAUUGAAGAACAUGCAACACCAAAUUCUUCUCCUGCUCAAUGGCCUGGUGUGAGUUCACUUAUUAAUCUCUUGAGUUCAGCCCAAGAUGAAGACCAGCCAAAAUUGAACAUUUUGUUAUGUGAAGCUGUUGUUGCUGUGUACUUAAGUUUAUUGAUACAUGCUCUUGCCACAAAUUCCUCCAAUGAAUUAUUUCGACUUGCAGCCCACCCAUUAAACAAUCGAAUGUGGGCUGCUGUUUUUGGGGGAGGUAUAAAACUUGUUGUGAAGCCUCAAAGACAAUCCGAAAAUAUUUCAGCACCUCCUGUUCCUUCUGAAGACAUAGAUAAACACCGCAGGAGGUUUAACAUGCGAAUGCUGGUUCCUGGAAGACCUGUAAAGGAUGCUACCCCACCACCAGUGCCUGCAGAAAGACCAUCUUACAAAGAAAAGUUUAUUCCUCCUGAACUCAGUAUGUGGGAUUAUUUUGUUGCAAAGCCAUUUCUCCCUUUGUCUGAUAGUGGAGUUAUAUAUGAUUCUGAUGAAAGCAUUCAUAGUGAUGAAGAAGAAGAUGAUGCUUUUUUUUCAGAUACACAGAUACAGGAACACCAAGACCCUAACUCCUAUAGCUGGGCUCUUCUGCAUUUGACAAUGGUUAAGCUAGUACUUCACAAUGUCAAGAAUUUCUUUCCCAUUGCUGGACUGGAAUUCUCUGAGUUGCCUGUAACAUCACCAUUAGGUAUUGCUGUGAUUAAAAACUUGGAGAAUUGGGAGCAGAUCUUGCAAGAGAAAAUGGAUCAGUUUGAAGGUCCUCCCCCCAACUAUGUCAACACAUAUCCAACUGACCUUUCAGUAGGAGCUGGACCAGCUAUUCUUCGAAAUAAAGCAAUGCUAGAACCUGAAAAUACUCCAUUCAAAUCCCGGGAUUCUUCUGCGCUUCCAGUCAAACGACUUUGGCAUUUCCUUGUUAAACAAGAAGUACUUCAACAGACAUUUAUUAGAUAUAUUUUCACUAAGAAAAGAAAGCAGAGUGAGGUUGAAGCAGAUCUGGGCUAUCCAGGAGGAAAGGCAAAAAUCAUUCAUAAGGAGUCAGAUAUGAUCAUGGCAUUUUCUGUUAAUAAGGCAAACUGUAAUGAAAUUGUUUUGGCUUCAACGCAUGAUGUACAAGAACUUGAUAUUACUUCUCUUCUGGCCUGUCAGUCAUACAUAUGGAUUGGAGAAGAAUAUGACAGAGAAUCCAAAAGUUCAGAUGAUAUUGAUUAUCGUGGUUCCACUACAACUCUUUAUCAACCCAGUGCAACAUCCCAUUCAGCAAGUCAGGUGCAUCCAUCUUCAUCUCUGCCGUGGCUGGGCAGUGGACAGACUAGCAUUGGAGCUAGUGUGCUUAUGAAAAGGAAUCUACAUAAUGUUAAGAGAAUGACCUCACACCCAGUCCAUCAAUACUAUCUCACAGGUGCUCAGGAUGGCAGUGUACGAAUGUUUGAAUGGACAAGACCUCAGCAGCUUGUCUGUUUCCGCCAAGCUGGCAAUGCAAGAGUUACCAGAUUAUAUUUCAAUUCACAAGGCAACAAGUGUGGUGUCGCAGACGGAGAGGGUUUUCUGAGUAUCUGGCAAGUAAACCAAACUGCAUCAAAUCCCAAACCUUACAUGAGUUGGCAGUGCCACAGUAAAGCCACAAGUGACUUUGCAUUUGUUACCUCUUCAAGUCUAGUUGCCACAUCUGGACAGUCCAAUGACAAUAGAAAUGUAUGCCUCUGGGACACAUUGAUAUCACCCGGAAACAGCCUCAUUCAUGGUUUCACAUGCCAUGAUCAUGGUGCCACGGUACUUCAGUACGCGCCAAAACAGCAACUCCUAAUAUCUGGAGGCAGGAAAGGCUACAUCUGCAUUUUUGACAUCAGGCAGAGACAGCUAAUUCACACAUUCCAGGCACAUGACUCGUUAAGGCGCGCGCUGGCUCUCGAUCCCUGUGAGGACUAUUUUACUACAGGUUCAGCAGAAGGUAACAUAAAGGUUUGGAGGUUGACAGGCCAUGGCCUACUUCAUUCAUUUAAAAAUGAACACGCUAAACAGUCCAUAUUCAGAAACCUUGGGGCUGGAGUCAUGCAGAUCGACAUCACCCAGGGCAACCGGAUCUUCUCCUGUGGCGCAGAUGGGACGCUGAAAACGAGGGUUUUGCCCAGUGCUUUUAACAUCCCUCAUAGCAUUCUUGACAUUCUAUAG